GUGGGGCGCAUCCUCGCUGGGACGCGGACGCUGCGGAGCCCCCCCUCCAGCCCCGCCCACCCCGCUGUGCAGGCUGCAGUGGGUUUGUCCUCACCUCCUCCGGUUGGGGUGCUGUUUUACUUCGCCCACGGAUGUGACACGGUGCAGAAUCACCAACAACCUGGAGGAGACCUGUCGCCCUUUACAAGUAUGGGUGAAGUUGCCUCACUUCCGGUGUCAUGUGACUCUCCCGUAGUCAUCACAUGACCCAUUUACUCCGUGAUGCCGGAAUUAAUGCCCAAGGCUAAUCCCGGGUCUGUAACUACCCAAGUACCUGCAGCUCCGCUUCGAUUUAGGGGACUUUCUGUCCUCUCCGAGGCUGCGAACGCUGCCGUCUUCCCACCUGGGGAUGGAGCCUGCAAGUCCUUCCAGAGAGGAAUGUCCCAAGGCCCUGGGCAGGGUAGGCAUCAUGGCUGCCAGACUCACGGGAUUGCUUCUACUUCAGGCAGUUUCUUGGGCGUCAGGUGCCCGCCCCUGCAACCCUAAAAACUUUGGCUACAGCUCGGUGGUCUGUGUCUGUAAUGCCACCUACUGCGACUCCCUUGAUCCCCUGACCCUGCCUGCCCCUGGCACCUUCACACGCUAUGAGAGCACACGCAGCGGGCGCCGAAUGGAGCCGAGUCUGGGGACCAUCCAGGCCAACCAGACAGGCACAGGGCUGUUGCUGACCCUGCAGCCGGAGCAGAAGUUCCAGAAAAUAAAGGGAUUUGGAGGGGCCAUGACAGAUGCUGCUGCUCUCAAUAUCCUUGCCCUGUCACCCCCUGCCCGGAAUCUGCUACUCAAAUCAUAUUUCUCUGAAGAAGGAAUUGAAUACAACAUCAUUCGGGUACCCAUGGCCAGUUGUGACUUCUCCAUCCGCAUCUACACCUAUGCCGACACCCCUGACGACUUCCAGUUGCACAACUUCAGCCUCCCAGAGGAAGAUGUCAAGCUCAAGAUACCCCUGAUCCACCAAGCCCUAGAGAUGUCCCAGCGCCCUGUCUCCCUCUUCGCCAGUCCUUGGACAUCACCCACUUGGCUCAAGACCAAUGGGGCAGUGAAUGGGAGGGGGUCACUCAAGGGUCAGCCGGGGGACCUCUACCACCAGACUUGGGCCAGAUACUUUGUCAAGUUCCUGGACGCCUAUGCGGAGCACAAGCUGCAGUUCUGGGCAGUGACGGCGGAAAAUGAGCCUUCUGCGGGGCUCUUCAGCGGGUACCCCUUCCAGUGCCUGGGGUUCACCCCUGAGCACCAGCGAGACUUCAUUGCCCGCGACCUGGGUCCCACCCUGGCCAACAGUACUCACCGAGGCGUCCGUCUGCUCAUGCUGGACGACCAGCGCUUGCUCUUGCCCCACUGGGCCGAGGUGGUGCUGGCGGACCCAGAGGCAGCUAAGUAUGUUCACGGCAUCGCUGUACAUUGGUACCUGGACUUUCUGGCUCCAGCAAAAGCCACCCUGGGGGAGACACACCGCCUGUUCCCCAACACCAUGCUCUUUGCUUCAGAGGCCUGUGUGGGCUCCAAGUUCUGGGAGCAGAGUGUGCGGCUGGGCUCCUGGGACCGAGGGAUGCAGUACAGCCACAGCAUCAUCACGAACCUCCUCUACCAUGUGGUUGGCUGGACUGACUGGAACCUCGCCCUGAACCCUGAAGGGGGACCCAAUUGGGUGCGCAACUUUGUUGACAGUCCCAUCAUCGUGGACAUCGCCAAGGACACGUUUUACAAACAGCCCAUGUUCUACCACCUUGGCCACUUCAGCAAGUUCAUUCCUGAAGGCUCCCAGAGAGUGGGGCUGGUCGCUAGUGAGAAGAACGACUUGGAAACAGUGGCACUGAUGCGUCCCGACGGCUCUGCAGUUGUGGUGGUGCUAAACCGCUCCUCUAAGGAUGUGCCUCUCACCAUCAAGGAUCCUGCUCUGGGCUUCCUGGAGACGGUCUCACCUGCCUACUCCAUUCACACCUAUUUGUGGCGUCGCCAGUGAUGGAGCAGAUACCCAAGCAGAGGCCUGGGCUCAACAUGGGCAUUAAAGGGACCGAGUCAGCUCACAUGCUGUCUGUGGCUAACAGGGGACAGCAGGGCCUGGGCGAGUUUAAGUGAUGUCAGCCCAGGAGCAGUGGUUUGGGUAACUCACUCUCCCCUCCAGCUGGUGCCAGGGGCUGGAGGCCCCUCAGGAAAGGAUUGGGAAGCCCCAGUGCUCCCCCCACAAGCUUG